CUUGAAUCCCACUUGAGGCCACUCGCAAGGGGCAUUAGUCGCGCGCAGGCAGCGGAGGCGAGAAGUUGCGUGUCAAGUGCUGCGUCAAUUGUACAAUGUGUUCGUCGUGGCUCUCUCUCGUGCGCAGUUGAACCAACGGACACUACUAUAUUUCAGCAAGACACCAGAAUGAAGAAAUGAAAGCAGAUAUAAAAUGCUUUGGGAGAGAAUCUUCUUGGUGCUUGCACACCUUUUGGUUGUCGUUCUGUUGGUGUCAUCACUUCCACCUCAGCCUGACUGCUACACGUCUUAUGGGCAGAGAAUAAAGAAUGAGAUAACACAUUCCUGUUCAUUAAGAAAAUCAGAAAAUGUAGUUCCAAAUAUCAGUGAUUGGAAUCCCCCAAAGGAAGAAUUUCAACUGAAUCUGAAAGAUUCAAAACAUGGAAUAGUCACAGCAAAAUUUCCAAUACCAGAUACACUGAUAGACUUUGAAGUUACACUUCUCAUGAAUGAAUCAGCUAAAACAGAAGAUGAAUGCAAGAAAAGUCACAUUCAUCAAGAGUUUGUAACACAUUCAAGGAAAGUGAUCAACCGGAACCAUUGCAGCUGGAUGAAUGAAUCAAGUACAUGCAGUUCUUGUGCAUCAGUGUAUGUGGAAACUGAAUUGCACAAUGUGUUCACGGGGUGUUACAUGCUAAAAGUUCGCCCCAAUAGAACAUCUGUUGAUAAUCCAAUGUUAAAGCUAAACAGAUACUCUCACAGUAUUUUCAUAAAAUCAAUUUACCAAAAAACUUUUAUACAAACCCCAAAUAUGUCAUACGAGUACAAUCCACAUGCAAAUGUUGCAUUUAUAAACAUUACUUCCUCAUGGAUUGGAAAAAUUCCAUUGCUUGUUAGUAUGGGAUAUAUAGAGCGAGAGGCAGGGAAUCAGUCAUGUCAAACAAGUGGCAUUGUGCAGUCCUGCUGCAGCUCAAAAAUGCCAAAUGUUACUGUGCAACAGUGUGAAACAAACAACCCAAACCAUAGGCAUCCAGAAUGUGAUCCAGAGGCUAUUGGUCUAUCAUGUAGGAUAUUUAAUGUCACCCCUGGAAAUUAUUGUAUAAGAGCUGAGGUUCUGAAUGAUGAUCGAUGUGACAGCAGUUCAGUGUGGACACAAAAGAGCCACAGCUGUGUCUGGAUCUACAAUCUAGUGGCUGCUAAGGGAGUAGCUCCUACCGAAAUUCCUGACGUGUCACCUGAUAGCAGUAUUUUUUACAUCUACAUUGGUUUGGGGGCAGCUGCUUCACUUGCCUUUUUUGCUGCCGUCAUACAUGCUGUGAAAUAUUUUAGGAGAUACCUGUCUUAUAAUGAAGGGGGCACCAAGCCACACUGGACGCCCAGAAUAUUUCCAAGAGAUAAAAUUCUGCUUUUGUAUGCAUGUGAUUGUUCACCUUUUAUGGACCUAAUGACUACAUUUAGAAAAAUACUCCAGAAGGUGUCUUCUUGGGAGGUUUGCGAUGUCUUUGACCCACAUCAGUGGAAUGAAAUUGCUAUUGGCCGGCAAGAAUGGAUUCAAAGGCUGUUGUCUGAAGAUGAUACUGUGAUAAUAAUUGUUGAUAGUACAAGUGCAGUGUUACACCAGAAUGCUCUGGAGAACAAUUAUAUCAUAAACUAUUUUCAGCCAAGGCCAAAUAGUGAUCUCUUUACAUAUGCACUUCAGAUGAUAACCAACAAUAUACAAAGGAAUGUUUACAAGAAGAUUUUUGUUGUAAGGUUCAGUGGUUUCUCAGAAGAUGGGCAGACACUAAGGCAUAUUGCUCCACUACGAAGAUAUAUAUUGCCUGAUCACUUCCAUCAACUCCUCAGCAGCCUCAAAGAGACUUCCUACCUCAGCUUUGAAGAAGGAUCUGAAGAAGACUUGAGAGAUGUUUGGGAACUUCAAAAAUGUCUUGACAAUCUAAUACUUUAUAAAUCAAACAACCCAAAAUAUCUCAAAAGUGUUUUAUACAGGACUUGAGGAAACUGAAUAUUUGUAGUGCAAAUAUUUCGUAGGAACAAUUGGUUUCUGACUGAAUAUUUUACAAGGCUGUACAGUAUUACUGUACAUGCAGGAAUAGAGAGGACAGAUCAGACUUUUUUAUUGUAAAUAAAUAUUCAACCUUUUUUUGUAAAUAUAUUUGUUUCCUGAAAAUUUUGCAAUGUUCUGUGUUCCUAUGUGUAUAAGUUGUUAAUAUUCUUCAUUCCUGUCAUUAGCAUUCUUUACAGAUUAUUUAACUGUUUUCACAAUGAAGGAUAAUGAGAAAGCAACCAGUGCAAAAUCAAUAUAUUAUAUUGAAUCAUGAAUGUAAAGUGAUUUGAUUAUUAAGUGUUUUCAGAUAAAUUCUUGUAUUUUA